GGCACGGACGAAAAUGUCGAAACCCUAAUUGCUUCAGGAUUGAACCCUAACGAAUGAGUUCGCGUCACUGACACGGAGCUCGGCCUUUUUCCUCCAGAGCCCGCGAGGAUUUCCAGAGAGGUGGUGCGCGGUCGGAAGGAGGCCCGAAUUCGUGCGGGCUCUCGAAUUCGUUCGGUGGGAAUUCGAUUUGCUGCUGUGCGAACCAGCGGAGAUGCGACGGCCGAAGUAGCGGUCCAGCACAUUUCGCAGGUCGACAAUUCGUCCAUUCGUCCGAGACUUUGAGUAUUAGUUUGAGCUGGGAUUUACAGUGAGCAAUCAUGGUGCUCUACAAUUUCAAGAAGAUUACGGUGGUGCCUUCGGGCAAGGACUUCAUCGACAUCAUUUUGUCGAGGACGCAGAGGCAGACGCCGACUGUGGUGCAUAAAGGUUAUGCCAUUACCAGGAUUCGUCAGUUUUACAUGCGCAAGGUGAAGUUCACUCAGUCGAACUUCCACGAGAAGCUGUCCACGAUAUUGGAGGACUUCCCUCGCCUUGAUGAUAUCCAUCCCUUCUACGGAGAUCUGAUGAAUGUGCUGUACGACAAGGAUCACUACAAGCUUGCGUUAGGUCAGCUUCAUACGGCCAGGAAUUUGGUAGAGAAAAUUAGCAAGGAUUACGUGAGACUGCUGAAGUAUGGAGAUUCUCUGUAUAGAUGCAAGCAGCUUAAAAAGGCCGCUCUUGGUCGUAUGUGCACGAUCAUGAAGCGUGUGAGCCCGAGUUUGGCCUAUUUGGAGCAAGUCAGGCAGCAUCUCUCUCGUCUACCUUCGAUUGAUCCCAAUGCGAGGACUCUACUGAUUUGUGGCUACCCGAAUGUGGGAAAGAGUAGCUUCAUUAACAAGAUUACGCGUGCGGAUGUCGACGUGCAACCCUACGCAUUUACUACGAAAUCUCUGUUUGUGGGGCAUACAGAUUACAAGUACUUGAGGUGGCAGGUGAUCGACACCCCUGGUAUUCUAGAUCAUCCUUUGGAGGAUCGUAAUACCAUUGAGAUGCUCAGUAUCAUGGCUCUGGUGCAUUUGAGAGCAGCCGUUUUGUUCGUGAUGGAUUUGUCUGGCGCCUGCGGAUACACAAUUCAACAGCAGGCCGCACUCUUUCAGAGCAUUAAACCCCUGUUCGCCAAUAAACCCUUGAUCAUUGCCUGCAACAAGACUGACCUGCAGCCUAUGGAGACUCUCCCUGAGGAGGACCGACGCCUUUUAGAUGAGAUUGCCAAGGAAGCUGCGCAGACCUCUUCUCUGAUGCUCUUGGACGGUUCGCAGGAGGCGAAGGAGUGCUUGCUGACCAUGAGCACGCUUACAGACGAGGGCGUGAUGGGAGUGAAGAAUGCAGCCUGUGAGAAGCUUCUCCAGCACCGUGUAGAGGUGAAAAUGAAGUCGAAGAAGAUCAACGAUGUCUUGAACAGGAUGCACGUCGCUGUUCCUCGUGUCAGGGAUCACAAGGAGAGGCCUCCUUGCAUCCCUGAGGGCGUGGCAGCGAAGAUGAGGAUCACUGAGCAAGUGGCAACCCGCAAACAGACUGAGAAAGACUUGGAAAAUGCUCACGGAGGCGCAGGAGUGUACUCUGCCAGUCUUGUCAAGCAUUACAUGCUGGCCGACGACGACUGGAAGAAUGACAUCGUUCCUGAAAUUAUGGAUGGUCACAACAUCGCCGAUUUCAUCGACCCCGAUAUUCUUCUGAGACUCGAGGAGCUCGAAAGAGAGGAAGAGGAAAGGGAGGCGGCUGCCGAAGCGGAAGGCGAGGUCGAGAUGGACGAGGACGAGUUGGGUCCCGAGGAGUUGGAAGCGCUUGCUGCAAUCAGGAAAAAGAAGAAGCUUUUGCUGGAAGAGCACAGGCGCAAGAAGAGGACUGCUGACAACAACCCAGUCAUACCGAGGAAGCACGACAGGGAUCAGGAAUUUACUGCAGGUAGAAUGGGCAGACAUCUAUCGAGCCUUGGAUUGGACCCCACUCUCGCCCUGGAAAGAGCUCGGAGCAGGUCUGUUUCCAGACGUGGGCGGAAGCGAGACAGGUCAGCUGUUUCUGAAGGCGGUGAUGCCAUGGAUGUCGAUCAACCCAGCAAGCGCCUGCGGUCCAGAUCCCGGUCCACUACUCGCCCGCUGUCGGAGGUGCGUCCUGGUGAAGGUUUCAAGGAUUCUGCGCAGAAGGUGAAGGCCAUGAAGAUCGGAAAGAAGGCCGUGAGACAGAGGAACAAGGAUGCGAAGAAGGGAGAGGCUGACAGAACCAUCGUCAACCUCAAACCCAAGCACUUGUUCUCUGGCAAGAGAGGCACAGGAAAAACUGAUAGGAGAUAGAAAUCUCACCAUUAAUCUCAGGUACAGAUUUUCUCCUCUCCUAGUUUUGACAGACCUCGUUGUAGAACUCCGAUCCUCAUUUUUAUGGUAGCCAUGGUGUUACACCUGACUCUCAGCCUACCUUCUGCAACGGCUUAGGAAACCAACACCCAUGAUCAGCUAGCAGUUCUGCUGAUCAGUUCAAUUCAUAGAUUCUCAGUUCGAUUCGAUUCGAUUAGUCUAGGAGAACCAGUAGCAUCUUGGUUCAUUGAGUACGUGGCUUUGCCUAAAAUGUAUUAUAUUCGGCCGAUGAAUUUCCUCACACUGUAAUCUAAACUGUUUUGUAUUGGUGAUG